AUGACCUGGCGAAAACGAGGGCGGGGAUUGCACACAGUGAAGCCGAGGCGACCUAAUCAUCGCAUUCCGUGCAGGACAGAAGACGACAGACGCAUUGACCACUUUGAUGUGGCGACGCGGGCUUUGUUGGAGAAGAUUGUACAUGCUGCCGGCCUUGUACUCGAAAAUCAACCGGGAAAGGCCGCCUCAAAGACCAAGCAUUCCGUCGCCGUGUUGGAGGCCACGAUUUCGCUAUGUCGGGCUUACCUUGAAUGCGGACAGCUUCAAGCAGCACAGGAGAGGCUCGGUGGGGCAUUGGCACCUGAAGAGGAAAGGGGUAGUGCAAUCGGAUUGUCCAAAGACGCCUUCAAGUUCUUCCGGGCGGACGCAGCAAAGCCAGAGUCUUGGAGUAGCGUGGUUCACGCGUCUGUGGAUAGCCUGGCAGACGAGGCUUUCUCCGAGCGAUGGCUCAUGGCGCAGGACUGCCUCUACCACCUCUCCCCCUCCAGAAAAUCCAUCUUUAAGUUUGCAGCCAAGACACUGGACGCAAAUGUCAUGGCGUUUGACUUGAUACUAAACGAGAACGCAUCCAUGUGGCAAACCAUGGCAGUUAGGCUUUUGGGCUUUGUUCUGUCCUGUCCGCUGUAUACCUUCUUGACCGCCGAGCAAUACCGAAACCAGCUUAUCGAGUGCGGCUACGACCAAGCGCAAAUUGAGAUUCGGGAUAUUUCGGACCACGUGUUUGACGGUUUAUCGGGCCAUCUGCGAAAACAAGAGGUUGCUUUGAGCCGUUACGGCAUCUCGUUGGCCGGCUACAGCCUGACUGGAAGGGUCUUUGCUUGGUUUGAUCGGACAAGAGUUGUAGGGGCCGCAAUAGUUAUUGGACGAACAAAGAGGAUGGCUUAG